UAUAGAAGUAAAGAAGUAGAAGUAAAAAACAUAUUGAUGUCGCCAAAAUAAAACCAGCACAAUCUCAUCCUGUAUGACAGUUAAGAAAGGAAGGAAAGGCCAUUUAAACUAUUGGCUUGUUAUCACUUGACACAUGAAAAAGGAAUGCACUCUUUAGUUCAUUUUGUUUUGUUAUAAAGUGAUAAAUGGUGAAUUCACAACAUAACAUAAUAUAUGACCUGUACUUUGGUUACCACUGUAGGAACAUUUUGAAUGUGUUAAGAUAAAGGAAUUACUUUGAGGCAAUUUCCCAGAUGAAGCCUGAGGUAUCUCGAGAAACAGGUUUGAGUAGGGAGUGGGUACUAUAAACAACGCACAAGUGUGGCUGAGGACAAAGCAAGAAGCUAUAUUAAAAAUCAGACAGUCAGUAACAGCACAGUAUGGCAGCCUCGACUGAAUGGAUACUCAUCUUGUGUAUAGUACUGACUGGACAAGGGUCAAAGGCACAGGACUGUGGAGUGGCACCUUUGAGGACAAAGAUAGUGGGUGGUGACACUACCACAGCUGGGUCAUGGCCCUGGCAGGUCAGUGUGCACUUUCAAUCGAGUGCAAAUCGAGCACACAUCUGUGGAGGGACCCUCAUCACCGACCAGUGGGUCGUCACAGCGGCUCACUGCAUCUUAUCUACCUUACCUAACGUGUGGACUCUCUACUUCGGAAGAGAAACUCAGGGUGGCCCUAAUGUUAAUGAGGUGAACCGCUCUGUGUCCCAGGUCAUUGUUAAUCCUAACUAUAACGACACUUUAUUUAACAACGACAUCGCCCUCAUGAAGCUUACCAGCCCUGUCAAUUUCACCGACUACAUCAGACCUAUCUGCCUGGCAAGUAACUCCAGCCAAUUCCACAAUUCCACCCUCUGCUGGGCCACUGGCUGGGGCAGAACGGGAAAGGAUGAGCCCCUCCAAGCCUUUGAUAAACUACAGGAGGUCCAGAUUCCUGUCGUUGGAAAUAAGCAAUGCACCUGCAACUACAAGCCAGAACCACUCGCAAACAUCACUGACAAAAUGAUUUGUGCUGGGCAGGAGAACAAAGGAGCAUGUCAGGGAGACUCUGGUGGACCUUUGCAAUGCAAACAAGGUUCAGUGUGGAUCCAGGCGGGCAUAGCUAGUUUUGGAGUGCCUUGUGCUCUGGCUAAUUUCCCUGAAGUUUAUUCCCGAGUUUCUGAAUUCCAGACAUGGAUCAUGGAUCAAGUGGCUGGGGCAAAUGUUAGCUUUGUGACCUUCACCUCCAAUGGCACUGACCCAGACAGCAGCUUUGACUGUCGCAGUUCAGACUCUGUAAAUGCAACGACAGCACCAGCCAGGGCAACAACAAGUGAAAGUGAGAUUAUAUUGGUUCUCAUGGCAACAUUCUUCCAGCUUUACAUUUGAUCUCUAUAGCAUUGUGAUGGACGUCUUCAUGAAUUGAUAUUCUGUUGGGCAAUAUUUGAAUGAUUGUACAUGAUCUAGGUGUCAAUGCACUGUAUUGCAGGCAGAGAACUAUAAUUGCUCUUAAUUCAUGACUUGCAAUUAUUUCUUAUCCUAUUUGUUAAAUUGUAUUACUAACAAACUUGAUUUAAUACAGACAUCUUGUAUGACAUACCAAUCAAUUUUAUCAUUUGGACUACAAAGCACUAAACAAUGUAACCAAUAAUAAUAAACAGAUAUAUAAUACAA